GUGUUCAAACAGGAAGUGACGUAGCUUCGAACAACUUUAGACCACGUGAGGGGCGGAGCCUCCAUCGAGAGAGACUUCGCUGCUGCAGGAAAAAAAACAAACCGGGUCUGGAAACACGACUUCACCACGAGACUACACUUUAUCUGUGAAGCUUCAGAUUUCCAGGCUAACCUUCAUCGUGUGUCUGAUCUUCCCAGCUGACCAGUAGGGGGCGUCCUCACCAGAUCCCAGUUCAGAGAUGGCGAACAUGUUCAAGUUUGGAAACACCAUUGGUCCAUGCAGGACUGGUUUUAUUGAGGGGGCACAGCGGGCAGAGGAAACGGAUGAGAAAGGAAGCCUUGACCCAGACAGACUUUUGCAGUGCCCUUUUGACAAGAACCACCAGAUCCGGGUGUGCCGCUUCCCUUACCACCUUAUAAAGUGCAGGAAGAAUCAUCCAAAGCUGGCCCGUGAGCUGAAAACCUGCCCCUUUAACGCUUGCCACCUCGUUCCCAGGCAUGAGCUGACCCGCCACACUGAGACCUGUGAGAACAGAAUAUCUCUGGACCCUGCUGCUGUCGGUGAAAGCACCAAUGGACACGUUAAAUGGCAGGUCCCAGCCAGCACCUGGGUGAACCCGAACAUGGUCGAGAACUGGGAUGAAGAGAUCGAUGAUGAGGCUCCCACAUUCACAUGGGGUAAAAACACGGCCUUGAAUCAAAAACCCAACUUUGCCACCAUCAAUGGUCCAAGUCUAAAAGGGCCGGGUGUCCUCCCAGGGCCGCUAUUUAACCAGUAAAUUAGUUGCGCUAACCUCCCAGGUGCUAAGUGUAGUCCUAUGUUUUAAAUUUGGUUUUAACAAGUUUUGUAUCUUACUAGGUCUAGUUUGCAGAUAUCUCAUUUUUAGUAGCAUGAUGUGACAAAUAACCUUAAGUAGCAAAUAUUGAUUUGUUUUCUGUACUGUCUUGUAUUAACCCCUGUUACUGUAUCAAAGGUUUGCUUUGAAAUUGCGUGUUGUUUACAUUAAAGGAGUUCAAUUUGAAA